AUGGCCGACAUCACGGAUCAGCAUGACCAGACUUCACCAAAUGACCUUGCCGACUCGCACUCGGUAGGCAAUGGCAAUGGCGGCGCGCAGGAGAGCCGCGGUAUCAAGCGCGCGAGGCCCGCGCCCGGCGACGACGACGACGACGAUGACGAGAAGGGAGGACGCGAGCGUCGCAAGAUUGAGAUCAAGUUUAUCAGCGACAAGUCUCGGCGUCACAUCACCUUCUCUAAACGCAAAGCUGGUAUCAUGAAGAAGGCAUACGAACUGUCCGUGUUGACGGGGACUCAAGUCCUGUUACUCGUCGUCUCAGAGACCGGUCUUGUCUACACUUUCACAACUCCCAAGCUUCAGCCACUGGUUACCAAGGCCGAGGGCAAGAACUUGAUUCAGGCGUGUUUGAACGCUCCCGAGCCGUCUGGAAACGAGAACGGUGUAGACGCGGCCGACCAGGUUGAGUCUCCCGAAGAGUCUGCGAGCAACCAACAUCUUCCUCCACAGGGCAGCCGCCCUGGCAUGCCCCAGAACCCUCAUAUGCCACCUGGGUACAACAUGCCUCCAAACAUCCCCAUGGACCCUCAACAGGCCAUGGCGUACCAGAGUUACGUACAGAGAAAUCAGGGCUACGGCUCCGGCAUGCCCCAGCCUGGCAUGCCACCAAGCAGCCACCACCAAUCAUGA